AUGAAAGAAGUUAAAGAUGUGGCUAUUAAAACUGAAGGUGAUAUCCAAAAAUUAAGAGUUCCAUAUCAGCCUAGAAAUCCAGAAAUACUACAUUUAAUGAGUACAGUAGAUAAUAUUCAAACACCGAAAAGUUCCCAAUCAUCAUAUAGUUAUAAUAAUUCUCCAUUACCUAAAAAUAUUAUAAAAUUAGGUGAUUUAGCAUCAAAAUAUUUACCAAAGAUUAAAGRUAGAUGUUUUGGAUUAUAUCAUGAUGAUGUAUGGGAUGAAUUUUAUAUUGGUAAAAGUUCAGUAAAGAUUGAAAAUAAUGAUAUAAUUUUAAAUAGAAAAACAUAUAUAGGAACAACAGGUUUGUGGCGAUUAUUAUCAUACAAAGAAUUAAUAGAUUCACAAUUUUAUACUUCAGAGGAUCUUAAAAUUUAUAAAGAAAUAUUAUUUGAAUCAGAAUCAAUAUAUCAGAACAAUAAUAAAUCAAGUAGAAAUCCUAAAUCGAGUGGUUCAAAUAAAUAUAAAAUUAUGAUAAAACCGAUGUAUGAGGAAAUAAAAGAACCAACAAGUAAAACAAAAGGGGGUGGUUUAAAGAAAUACACAGAAGAUCGUGUUGAAUAUAAUUAUAUUAGUAAUGUAAAACAAUUAAUAGAUAGAUUACAGUUUAUUUCUGCAGAAGAAAGAGCUGGAAAUAAUAAUUUUCAUAAUGAAAAAAUUGGUAUUCUUCAUUUACUUAAAGAAAUUAUGGAAAACAUUAUUGAUACUCCUGAAGUGUUAUGGCAACGACUGUUACACUUUACAGAAGCUUUAAAACAAGCACAUCGUUUUGAUUCACAUUGGCGUUUACAAGUACAACUUAAAAAACCUUGUCCCCCAGAAAUAUGA